AUGAAACUGAUCAACUUACUGACUAUCUGGUAUUUGUCAACCAUUGUCCAAAUUGUACAUGGUCGGGAGUACGUUAUCAGAUUAAAACAUAAAGACACUCUACAAAAAUUCUUUAAUUCAAAAUUGUUAAAUAGUGUAGGUUCAAAAGUCAAAGACGUCAUCGGUAAUGAUAAAUUGGAUAAAAUCUACUCAUUUGGUGACUUCAAUUGUUUAAGUGCAAAAAACUUAUCAAUUGACAUUGUUGAGCGUUUGAAAAGAAACCCAUUCGUUGCUGAUGUAGUACCAAAUUUAGCAUUUGAAAUGUUCGAAAAGGGUUCCCCAUGGUAUACUUCAGAAGAUAAUGACGAUGACGAAGUAGAUGAUGAAUCUGAGGAUGAAGACGACGACGAGGGCAACGAUGACGGUGACGAUGACGAUGACGAUGACGACGAUGAUGAAGACGAUAAUGGAAUAAAUGUUCAGUACGGUGCUCCAAGACAUCUAGGAAGAAUCUCAUCAAGAGGCCAAUUACCUUUCGAUAUAAGAAAUGAAAACGAAUUUAAAGAAUUCAUUCAUUAUUAUUAUGAAGACCAAUUCAAAGGUAGCAACAUAGCAGCUUACAUCUUGGAUACUGGUAUCUAUGCAGAACAUCCAGAUUUUGAAAAUAGAGUAAUUGUAGGAGCUGACAUGACUGGAGAAGGUCCUGGUGACUCAAACGGUCAUGGAACUCACGUAGCUGGAAUACUAGGCUCUAAAACCUUUGGUGUAGCCAAAAAUGUAACUUUAGUCGAAGUUAAAGUUUUAACAGGUAGAGGAAGUGGAAAUUUAACUACUGUAUUAAGCGGUAUUCAAUUCGCAGUAGACCAUUGUAGAUUGAUGAGAGAAACACAAGGUAAACAAUGUGUUGCAAAUAUGAGCUUGGGUACGGUGAGAAAUAAUAUAAUUAACGCAGCCAUACAUGAAGCCUUCAAAGCAGGUUUGAUCAUGGUGGUCGCAGCUGGUAAUUCAAAUGUCAGUGCUUGCUGGACAAGUCCUGCUUCUGCUAAAAAUGCUAUUACCGUUGGGGCAUUUGAUGACAGAACUGAAACAAUAGCCUAUUUCUCAAAUUGGGGUGCCUGUGUAGAUAUUUUCGCUCCUGGUGUUAAAAUAAGAUCAUUGUCAAAUUCCCCAGAAUCCCAUCAUAAGCAUGUAACGCAUUCAGGUACAUCAAUGGCAUCUCCUGUAGUAGCUGGUCUAGCUGCAAUAUUGCUGGACAAAGGUGUAGAACCCUUCGAUGUUAAAGAUAAACUGUUACACUUAUCUACAAAGGACGUAUUCAACAAGUUGACCUUGUUCUUCAAAUACGGAACUCCAAAUAAAAUUGCUUAUAACGGUAUUGAAGAUUUCUUUGAAAACGAAGAUGAUGCUGUCGAUGAAGAAGAAGAAGCUAAGAACCUACUGGAUAGAUUUAGAAUCUUUGAAGCAGUAUAUCCAAUCAUUGACAAUUACGAACUGGCAGAAAAAUUAAAAGAUUAUAAACCAUCUGGAACUGUAUACUCUUCAGAUGAUGAAUAUUUAGAUCCUAGCUGGGUCAACUGA